UGAUCCACUCAGAAUUCCUGGCAUGAAGAGGAUUAGAAUACACACCAACUUCCUGACAGCCAAUGUGUGGUGUGUUUUUGUAACUAAAGUCUGACAGAGGACUAGAAAAGAGCAGUCCAUUUUUGGAUUAACUUCAGGUUCUUUCCCAGAAAAAAGCUGUCUGGGGCCAGCGUUCAAUGUUGUGAUUAGGAGAUCAAAUGCUUUGUCCUCAGAAGCAUGCUCAACACAGGCCUGUCAUCUCUGACGUGGCUGAAAACAGCACAGCUAUUGAAAACCUGCAGUUACAGCACAUGAACAGACAACAGCACAUCAAGGUCUUGGAAAAGAGGCUAGAGGAAGUAUAUGAUCACCUUCAAACCAAGAUAAAAGCUGUAGAUGCUAUUCAGGAAAAAAAUGCUAACCUGCAACAAGAAAUUACUUCCCUGAUACGCACAUGUGGAUAUAUAAAUGGCCCAUACAGAAUGGAGGCAACACAAUGUCAAUUCCAGUUACAGCAGAACUCAGAAUCCAAACCAACCAUCUCAUCAAAGCCUUCGGAGAAAGUAAUCUAUUCACGGUUCAUGGAAUCCCAGUCAAUAGCCAAUCUGUUCCAUGGAGAUGCCAGAUCUUCUGAAAAAUCCCUUUCUACACUAAAUAAAAUUUUAGGUCCCAGUUGCAGCUAUACCCCACAAAAUCAAGAAAAUGUGUGCCCCAGUUCUUUCAGUCAUGAAAGCAAUAUUCUCAGUCAAGGUCAGGAUCACAUCCCAGAUUUAUUUCCAAAGGGCAGGGAAGCCCCCUCCUUGUGGGACCUCAUGGCGGGAAAAGCCCAAGAGAAGCCUGUUCCUGCAAAAUCCUUCAGUUCCUCUGCGUGCAGUGCUAUUGGGAACCUUAAAAUUGUUGAACUUCAUCCAAGUGGCCGUUUUUUGAAGAUAAUUAAUAGUUCUCGUUGCACAGAAGAGGAUAUUGGAGGCUAUAUCCUCCAGCAGAACCUUAAUGGGCACCCAAGAUCAACUUACAAAUUCUCCCCAAGAAUCAGAAUGAAAGCGAAUUCUGAAAUAAAAGUUUGGACAGCAAGUUCUAAAAUGACUCAUAAACCUCCAAUACAUUUUCUAUGGAAAAAUCUGGACAAGUUUAUAGUGAGCCCAGAGUGUACCACCAUUCUUUGCAACCCUUCUGGGCAGGCUGUUGCUUGGUACACUCCAAUAAACCAAAAGCAAAAGCAAACAUUGGACGGAAAAGAGGAUGUUGGAAACUUUGAAAACUUCAAGCAGUGCUCUGUGCAUAGUCACAAACCAAGAGAUGGGUGGCAACUUAAAUCAAAUGACACAGUGCAGACAAUAGCUUCCCAAAGUCCUGCAGAGAAGGAAAAAGAACCGGAAUCCAUUAUAAGGGGAGAAAAGACACCACCACCCUUGUACCCAGUUCAAAGUCCUUGGUGCCGAAGUCCAAACACUUCUACACAUCCUCAUUAUUCAGUGGAAAGACUUUUGGCCAUGGGCAAUUAUGGGAGAAGUUUAUUUGGACAAACAAGAUCCCAGUCAGUGGAACCUGACCCACAUCCUGAUGUUCCAUGUACAGGGCAGAGUCAAGGUAAGAAAGUGGUAUCAAGAAGUUGUAAUGGGAAAAGAAGGAGGUCAACUCGAUCAGCAGGGCCUAAUUUGGGUGGUGUGAUUUAUAUCGGUUCCACUGUGCCCAUCGGCUCUGCCUUACAGAAGUAUUUUGCCCAUUCAUUUUACCACUUCAAGCUCCUGUCCGAAGCUUCUCAUGCUCCCAAUGAAUAGAACUGGGUUAUUUUCAAAGCGCUCUGCAGCAGAAAUCGUUGCAUGAUUCAUUGCUUUGGGAAUAAGAAGGCUUGAAUCUUCCGAGUGAUUCUACACUUUGCAUUUGAUUUCUCUGUGGAUUUGUGUGAAUCUGAAGGGUUGGUUUGCCAGCUCAUCCCAUUAGCAGAUUUAUCAAUCACCCUGAUUGGUGAAAGCCUUGACCCCGCCAUAAUUGAAUGCUCCAGUUCUGAACAUCUUGGCAUCCCAUUGAUUUGCAUGAUUUGUCACAGCCACAGCACUCAAUUUGUGCACACAGUACACAUUGAAGUAUGUGGGUAUCCCAAGCUGCAAUCCUGCUCACAGUUUUAAAACCAAUGCUUUUAGUAACUAUAAUCCUGGCCAGCCUUUAAGAAGCAGCGCUAGCAUUAGAUCCAUUGAAAUGAAUGGGACGCUACCCAGCAUUGUGAACAUCAACAUUUCAAAGCUAGCCAACUCCCUGAAUUAAAACUACUUUUGUAUACACAAUGCUAAUUCGCAAUGGAGUGCAUAACUACCAUGAGUUGGAACCCACAAAUCUGUUUC